CAACCUUCUCUCCCUCAGCCUCCACACCAUCAGCCGGUCUGCUCUCAUUCUGCCUGCCCACAGCUGAGGCUCCACAUCCUACACCUUCCUCUCCUCCUCCUCCUCCUCCUCCUCCUCCUCUCUCUCUCACAAUCACACACUUCUCAGCUGCUGCAUGACCGGCAGCUGCUUGGGUCCAAACCGAAGCGCCCCAGGAAACCGCAGCAUGAGGAUGAGUGUGUGCGGUGCGCCGGCGGCCCCCUGCUGCCGUCCCACACAGGUCGCACGGAGCCUCGCGCCCCCCCUGCUCCUCCUCCUCCUGCUGCUCGUCAACGGCGGCAGCGGCGGCAGCAUCGGGGCCGUCCCCUCCGCCUUCCAGCUGGCGCCGGACACCCCGUCCCCGGCCGAGCCCACCCCGACCCGGGCCACAUCUCGCCCGGACCACUGCCAGGGGCGACCCUGCCUCAACGGGGGGUUCUGCCUGGUGCUGCCGCUGGCUGACGGGCCAGAGGACACCUGGGAGUACACCUGUACCUGCAUCCAGGGCUUCACCGGACGCAACUGUGAGUUUUUCACAGACCCGUGUGCCAGCAGCCCCUGUCUCCAUGGAAACUGCAGCCGCAGCGACCUUGGCGGGGCGGUGGAACCGGCCUACACCUGCGAGUGCACCGAAGGCUACGAGGGGGAGAGGUGCGAUCAGAUCCUCCUGGACCUGCCGGCUGCCGAAUGGGAGCCCGCCGCCCCCUCCGCCCCCGAGCCGGCCACCCCCGUGGCCCCCACCACCACGGCCGCCACUCAGCCGCCACAGACGACCACCGUCUCCUCCACCACAGCGCCGCCAGUUCCCACCCUGCAGCCAUGGCAACCCAGACCCGGUCAGAGGGUGCUGGUGGUGCCGUGGGAGGCGGAGAGGGUGACGGAGGGGCUGCACUGCGUGAGUCCUGAGCUGUGUGAGCUGACAUCAGGAACUCUGACUCUGUCCCUGGAAGUGCCCGAGGAGACCGCUGUAAAGGUGGUGGUGAAUGUCAGUGGAGCUCCGGUGCUUUGGUGUGUGAAUGAAGAGGGUUUCCUCCGCUCCUCCAUUUUGAACGGCACCACACUGCAGUUCCUGCAGGCUCCCGAUGGAUUGGUGGUGCCGGACCGCUCGCUGCCUCUCGGACAAAACUACUUCCUCGGUGUGUUGCGUGUGGGCGCCCCCACUGCCCCGGAGGUCACCCUGCGUCUCAACCUGACAGUGAAAGCCAGCAGCUGCGUGGAGCCCGGCAGCAGCUUCAGUGACCCUCAGUGCUCCGGCAAAGGCAAAUGUAUCACACAGCCCUCUGAGAGCACUUUCUUCUGCGAGUGUGAGGACGGCUACACUGGGAUCUUCUGUGAGGAAUUCGACGCUUGCCACCGCCGGCCUUGUCACAGUAACGGCACCUGCACCGACGUGAGGCAGGGGGGCGAAGGACGCAACUUCACAUGCACCUGCCCACCAGGUUAUGAAGGGGAGCGCUGCCAGUUGCUGGUGGACCAUUGCCUCUCUCAGCCCUGCAAGAAUGGAGCCACUUGCUUCAGCAGCUUGGCCGGGCCCAGGUGCUAUUGCCCCGAAGGCUACCAGGGCGCUACGUGUGAGCAGAAGGUCGACCCGUGCGCCUCCGGCCCCUGUCACAACAACGGGACCUGCUACGCCCAGGGCCCCGGCCCCCUGGGCUUCGGCUGCAGCUGCACAGCGGGCUUCACCGGCCCCACGUGCGCCCAGCUGGUGGACUUCUGCGCCCUGAACCCCUGCGCCCAUGGGGUCUGCCGCAGCGUGGGCAACAGCUACAGGUGUCUGUGUGUCCCAGGCUACCAUGGCUUGUACUGUGAAGAGGAGUACAAUGAGUGUUUGUCCGCCCCCUGCCAGAACUACGCCACCUGCAGGGAUCUCAUCAACGCCUACGAGUGUGUCUGCACUUCACAGUUCGAUGGCAGACACUGUGAAAUCUACAAGGAUCCCUGUCUGAAGAUGCACUGCCAAAAUGGAGGCCACUGUGAGAGUGCGGGACUCAAUAAUUCCUGCGUGUGCCCACCCGGAUACCUGGGGGACAGGUGUGAGGUCGACAUCAACGAGUGUGAGAGCAACCCCUGUCACCAUGGAGGCACCUGCGUUGACCAAUCAAAUAGCUUCACCUGUCAUUGUCCACCUGGGUGGGUGGGGCCCAGCUGUGAGAUCCACCUGCAGUGGAAACAAGCGCACACUGAGGACACCCUGACCAACAUGCCGCGUCACUCCCUCUACAUCAUCAUCGGAGCUCUGUGUGUGGCCUUCGUCCUCAUGCUCAUAAUCCUCAUUGUGGGCAUCUGCCGCAUCAGCCGCAUCGAGUACCAGGGCUCGUCGCGCCACGCAUACCAGGAGUUCUACAACUGCCGCAGCAUCGACAGCGAGUUCAGCAACGCCAUCGCCUCCAUCCGCCACGCCAGAUUUGGCAAGAAGUCCCGUCCAGCCAUGUACGAUGCCACUCCCAUCGCCUACGAAGACUACAGUCCUGACGACAAGCCUUUGGUUACCCUCAUCAAGACCAAGGAUUUGUAGAACAAAACCAUCCCAACACAUCAGCAGCUGUACACAUGCGCAUACACACACAUUUACAUAUAUAUGUAUGCAGAAUGUCAGUAUAAAUCUUCACGUAUUUCUUAAGAAAGGAAAUAACAGCAAAACAAAAUUGAAUGUAAAAGCAGAGAAAAAAAAGAAUCCAAGACGUACUGUAGUAAUCUGGAACGUAACAACACAAAUAUAUUUUCCUGUCGACGUCAACAAUAAGGCUUUAUUGUAGCAUAGCAGAACACUUAAGUCAUUGAUGAUGGGCGGCCCUGCAGUAACCUCUGCUGUACUGCAGGGAUGACUUUAGUCUGCACCAGACAAGGUCGGCCACCCCAAAGCCUAAAUUCCUACGUGUAAACUCAGCAAACAGUGCUGACAGCAGUCCGUGCUGUGGUGGUAGAGAUAGGUGCACUCCUCUCGGUGCAUACACUGUAUCUUUUUCUAUAUCUUACAACAACAAAAAAAUCUGCAGUAGGUUGCCUUACUUCGUGCAUGGUUAGAUUAGAUGUUCUCUCUGCGUUAUUUUAAAAUCCUUUAUUGAUGUGGUUUUUUUUUUCACUUAGUUGUAUUUCUCGCUGUCAUGAUUGUGCCAAAUAUUUUGAGAGUAAUUUGUGGUUAGAAGAUUAAAUACAAAUGUAUAAAAUACUAGUCACGCACAUUUUCUUUUUAAAUAAUUGCAUAUAGUCCUGUUCUUUACAUGCAAGUUUCUCAAUGGUAUUAUGAAUAGUAGAGAAAGUGGGAUUGCUGUGACCCUACCAACCUGCUCUAUGUCUAUCAGUGAUAUUUAGGAUAAUAGAUCGGUAUAUUUCUCAAUACACAGAAAAGUAGUUGGUUUAACUCAGAGUACCCGACUCUGCUAGUGUACACAUUCAUCUCUAGUAUUGACCGUGUUAAAAAGUGUUGUUCGGGCGUAGAGGGGGCGGAGAUUAAGAGGGAUGAUUUCUACUCCAGAAUAAAUGUGCUUCUGCGUCCUGCCAAUGGAAACGUCUCUGUCCGUGCAGCUGUGUUGUUCCUCUCAAGCAAUAUUUUACCAACAGGCUCAGCUGAUCCGUUUUUUCCUUCUCGUUUUAACGAUUACCUGUUAUCUAUGUUGAAUGAUGAAAACAAUAAAGAAUCAAGUGAACAUAACGCACAGUA